AUGAACGGCGGGGCGGGGGCGGGUGACGACGGUGGGAACAACAAAAAGAGGCGUGAAAAGAAGGGCUUCAAAGUUGAUCGCCUCGAGAAUUUUCAGCGCAAGCGCCUGAAGAAGACGGGCGCUGGAGACGCCCGCAGCAACAGCGGCGGUGGAAAUGCAAAGCGAGUGAAGGCGAUCAAGUUUGACGAGGAUGCCCGCCGCGAGUACCUUCUCACGAUGCACAAAUGUAAGAACGAGCGUCGUGUGAAGGCCUUUGUGGAUGCAAAGCAAAAAAUGCGACGCGACAACGCGAGGGCCCGGCACGCUCAACGCGAGGAGGCCCGGCAGGCUUACAAUCGCUUUGCCGCGGUUCCCAUUCUUCCAAACUUUACAUACCAACUGCCACAGAAUGACGAGGAUGCUGGGAACGAGAGCGACGCAGAGGACGUCUCCCACCGUGCACGCCGUCCGGUGCUCGCCGCGGAGAAGACGGUUCACGUUAUGCCCACAAUCAUGUGUGGCGGGGUUGAUGGGGCGACGGCGUCCAACUGCAAGACUCACCUCGAUGAUGAAUUUGUCACAGUGGAGGUGAAGCCGCUCUUCGCAAGGUCUAAGAAGUCGGGUGGCGGCGAUGGCGUCAUUGCGGCUCCGCAGCAUCCUGCCAACGACUUUUCGGACCUCCCUGCGGUGGUGGAGCAGGAACUGGUGCGUCUCAGCAAAGAAACGAAGGGGCCUGCCAAGACAAAGCCGCGCAUGCGUAUGCUGAAGGAACUUGCCAAGAUCCGAAAAAUCAAAAAAUACUCUCAAAAGGGACACGGCAAGAAAACGGCAAAGGGAAAGAAGAAAAACCGCCGCUGA